GGCAAAGGUCAGAGAGGAUGUUCGGCCAGAGCGCUGGGAGGGACCUCAGGUACCAUUUGUGCCUGUCCGUCUUUCAGCUCCAUUUCAGGCCUCUGUGUUUGUUCCUUAUUAUUCAGCAGACGUUCUAGUGAUUCACCCUUCCGAGAUGGUUUGAAUGAUGUGUCUGAAGUGCUAUUCGCAGACAAAGGGCUGGAGAAAUCCAAGAUGCUAAAUAAAAAGCUAACAUCACUUUCUCGCCCAUAAGAUGGCAGGGGAAGAAAAUAGCGCGGGAGGCCAAGCAGAGGACCAUUAGUUUCCUUUGCUGAGUGAGUUUCCUGCUUCUGAGACCUUCCUGGAUGAAGCUCAGUUUGUUCAUCUGUGAAAGGGGAGUGUGGACUUCUUGCCGUUAGGUGGAGCCAGAGGUUAAGCUAGUGCUUGGAGAUCGCUGCCUGCCUGCUGAACCCCUAGGGUGGAGAACUGACAGGUGGCCAAGUGACGCUUGGGCUGGUUUGGGGCACACAGGCUGAGCCGGCAGUUAGAACCACAAACCCAAAAAGAGGAUCACACGCAGCUGGGAGCUGUUUAUUUUCCUGCCUGAGGUUACGGAGACAAUUAUCAAGCUGUAUUGAGUACGUCUCCAAAUUAAAACGACAGCCCAGAUAAAUAAUGCACGAUUGCUGGAGCUCGCACAGGGACUGCAGGCUCGGGCUUCUCAAGCCAGCUCACCAUGGGACUGAGCAAGAUGUCAGACCAAGGAAGGAACUUAGAUGCCUUGGAGAUUGAUGCCUCGGGGAGAUUUUCUCUGGAGGGGGUGCAAGGUCUGGGCUAGGGGAGCCAAAGGACUCCGUUAUGUUAAAUAAAGCCUGUAUCCUAUGGCAGCAGCCACUAAGGAGCUCACCAGAAUAAGCCAAUGACAUUCCUCGUCUGGCCUGAGGAGCUCAGAGUCAGGAAGCCAGAGUGCAGAAAAUCCAGCAGCUCUCAGAGGGCUCCAUGUUCGGCCACGGCCUGAAGCACCUGUUCCAUAGCCGCCGCCGGUCGAGGGAAAGGGAGCACCAGACGUCUCAGGAUUCGCAGCAGCAGCAGGGCAUGUCUGACCAUGACUCCCCAGACGAGAAGGAGCGUUCCCCAGAGAUGCACCGCGUCUCCUAUGCCAUGUCUCUGCACGACCUGCCCGCCCGGCCCACCGCCUUCAACCGCGUGCUGCAGCAGAUCCGCUCCCGGCCCUCCAUCAAGCGGGGCGCCAGCCUGCACAGCAGCAGCGGGGGCGGGGGUAGCAGUGGGGGCGGCAGCCGGCGCACCAAGAGCAGCUCCCUGGAGCCCCAGCGUGGCAGCCCCCAUCUGCUGCGCAAGGCCCCCCAGGACAGCAGCCUGGCUGCCAUCCUGCACCAGCACCAGUGCCGCCCCCGCUCCUCCUCCACAACCGACACGGCCCUGCUGCUGGCUGAUGCCAGCAGCGUGUACCUCCUGGCCGAGGAGGCCGAGGGUGUGAGCGACAAGGUUGACAAGGGAGACCUCGUGGCCCUGAGCCUCCCCGGCGGCCCCGGCCAUGGGGACACCGACGGCCCCAUCAGCCUGGAUGUGCCGGACGGGGCCCCAGACCCCCAGCGGACCAAGGCCGCCAUCGACCACCUGCACCAGAAGAUCCUCAAGAUCACCGAGCAGAUCAAGAUCGAGCAGGAGGCCCGGGAUGACAACGUGGCGGAGUACCUGAAGCUGGCCAACAACGCCGACAAACAGCAGGUGUCACGCAUCAAGCAGGUAUUCGAGAAGAAGAACCAGAAGUCGGCGCAGACCAUCGCCCAGCUGCACAAGAAGCUGGAGCACUACCGCCGGCGCCUGAAGGAGAUUGAGCAGAACGGGCCCUCGCGGCAGCCCAAGGACGUGCUGCGGGACAUGCAGCAGGGGCUGAAGGACGUGGGCGCCAACAUGCGCGCGGGCAUCAGCGGCUUUGGGGGUGGCGUGGUGGAGGGCGUCAAGGGCAGCCUCUCAGGCCUCUCGCAGGCCACCCACACCGCCGUGGUGUCCAAGCCCCGGGAGUUUGCCAGCCUCAUCCGCAACAAGUUCGGCAGCGCUGACAACAUUGCCCACCUGAAGGACCCCCUGGAGGACGGGCCCCCCGAGGAGGCGGCCCGGGCGCUGAGCGGCAGCGCCACGCUCGUGUCGAGCCCCAAGUACGGCAGCGACGACGAGUGCUCAAGCGCCAGCGCCAGCUCGGCAGGGGCGGGCAGCAACUCCGGGGCUGGGCCCGCCGGGGCGCUGGGGAGCCCCAAGUCGAACACACUGUACGGGGCCCCGGGAAACCUGGACACUCUACUGGAAGAGCUGCGGGAGAUCAAGGAGGGACAGUCACACCUGGAGGACUCGAUGGAGGACCUGAAGGCUCAGCUGCAGAGGGACUACACCUACAUGACCCAGUGCCUGCAGGAGGAGCGCUACAGGUACGAGCGGCUGGAGGAGCAGCUCAAUGACCUGACCGAGCUUCACCAGAACGAGAUGACCAACCUGAAGCAGGAGCUGGCCAGCAUGGAGGAGAAGGUGGCCUACCAGUCCUAUGAGAGGGCUCGGGACAUCCAGGAGGCCGUGGAGUCCUGCCUGACCCGGGUCACCAAGCUGGAGCUGCAGCAGCAGCAGCAGGUGGUGCAGCUGGAGGGCGUGGAGAACGCCAACGCGCGGGCGCUGCUGGGCAAGCUCAUCAACGUGAUCCUGGCCCUCAUGGCCGUGCUGCUGGUCUUCGUCUCCACCGUCGCCAACUUCAUCACGCCCCUCAUGAAGACACGGCUACGCAUCGCCAGCACCGCCCUCCUGGUCCUCGUGCUCUUCCUCCUCUGGAAGCACCGGGACUCCCUCGCCUACCUCCUGGAGCAGGGGCUGCUGCCCGGCUGAACGGCCAGCCUGCCCUCCCCACGCUGCCCCGGCCCCCGGGUGGCCACGCUUCUCCAGGAGGGACCCUGGGACUCCGAGGCCCUUGGACUGUAUGUGUCUGGGUCGGCCUGUUGCCCAAACUGUCCAUUCCAGCAGCUCCUGCCCCCUUCUCUGUUCUUGCUCCUGCCUGAUGCCUUCUCCCUGUUGGCCUAAAGGGAGCCUCGAGGGCAGCCCCGGCUGGAGACAGUGGGGACGUCUGUGACCAAAUGGAGCAGAGAAGGACACCAGGACGGACUCUUUUGAUUAUUUACAGUCACACAAGGAUUUGUCCCAGCCGACUGGGGACGCCAUGGGUCAGGAAGGCCACUGAGAAUAGUGGCGGGGGGGGCCGUGGUUCUGCCCUCCUAGGGAAAAGCCUACCCGGGAGGCCGCUACGGUUCCCCCCUGUGGAAAUGGGCACGAGGGCGAGGGGAGGGGCGCCUGCUGGGCCAGAGAGCAGGCUCAGCCUUACCCCCCUCUCCUCCAGAGCCCUUCGGAGGCUGGGUUCCGGGCUGGGCCUCUCUAGGGUCUGAAGGAUGUAGCCUCUGGAGGCCAGGUGGAACGUGGCUUUGAACUUGUGUUUUCCCUGUUGUUCUUUCUGCCUGUUACUGGAUCUGCUCUUUUCAGGGAAACAGGUCCCAGGGCCCCUGAGCCUAAGCCCUUACACGUCUGGGAGCACAUUGGGUUCUAUUUAUUUAUUUAUUUGGUCCUAUGUACCUUAUUCCUCCUGAGCUUCAGGGAGAGGGCCCUCCCUGCCCCCCAUCCUCUGAAGCCAGGGCUGGUUUUGGCUGUCAGGCCCUUCCCGACCACUUAGCCUCUGAGUAAUCCUGGCUGGGAGAACUGGGCCAAAGCCGCCAACCCCAAAGCAGCCCCUCAGCCCGGGCGGGAGGCGCGGAGCCUCUUUUAUACAUGUGUUUGUUUUGUACGUGUGUAUUUGUGUGGAGGAGGUUGUUGCUUUAUUUUUUUAAGGCUCUGGAGUGUUGUGUAUGAUUUAUCUUUACAUCCCAGCCUCCCCGUGGCCACUUCCAAGAAGAGAGGGGAUUUCUCAGAAAAGGAGAGAGAAAUCCCCCAGAACAGGGGAGGGAAGUACCUGUCAGCUGUUGUGGACCAUCCUGGGAAAUAAAUAUCCUCUACAUUUUCAAACCA